CAACGACGCCUUCACAUGACGACAUAACUCCGCGACAAGCUAAUUGGCUAGCAGGCGGCUACGACCACUCGAAGCAGCGGAGCUAACGUCAACUCUCCGUUACCGGGAUAAUCCACACCGGAAAGACAGCUGGGUCUCCCUCCCUCAGUGAACACAGAGAGGUCUGAGCCUCCGUCACCAUGACAGACAACAAGCGUCUCGCCUUCUCCAUCAUCCAGUUCCUUCACGAUCAGCUCCAGUCAGGGAAUCUGUCCUCAGGGGCCCAGGAGAGUCUGGAGGUGGCUGUUCAGUGUUUGGAGACGGCGUUUGAGGUGUCGACCGAUGACCAGAGCCUCGCCGUCCCCAUGACGUUACCAGAAAUCUUUGCCUCAGCCACAGCCAAGCAUCCAGCUGAGUCACAGGUCAACAACAACUCCACCCCAAACUCCGUCAGUGAGGAACAGAGAGCCGAGGCCGAGAGGCUGAAAACAGAUGGUAAUGACCAAAUGAAGGUGGAGAACUUUGGAGCGGCUGUUGAGUUUUACUCAAAGGCCAUCGCCCUCAACCCUCAGAACGCCGUCUACUACUGCAACAGGGCUGCAGCAUACAGUAAACUGGGGAACUAUGCUGGAGCAGUGCAGGACUGUGAACAGGCCAUCAGCAUCGACCCAAACUACAGCAAAGCCUACGGAAGGAUGGGUUUGGCUCUGGCCAGCCUGAACAAACACACAGAAGCAGCGAGUUACUACAAAAAAGCUCUGGAGCUCGACCCCGACAAUGACACCUACAAAACCAACCUGAAGAUCGCUGAGGAGAAGAUGGAGACCUCCAGUCCAACGGCAGGGAUGGGCGGAGUCGACCUGGCCGGUUUGCUCAGUAACCCCGGCUUCAUGAACAUGGCGUCGUCUCUGAUGAACAACCCUCAGGUUCAGCAGCUGAUGUCAGGGAUGAUGUCCGGAGCAUACGGUGGGAUGGGGGGAGGUGGAGGAUUGGGAGGAGGAUUGGGUGCAGGUGCAGGUGCAGGUGCAGGUCCAGGUCCAGGUCCAGGUGCUGGUGCUGGUGCUGGUGCAGGUGCAGGUGCAGGUGCAGGUGAAGGUGCAGGUGCAGCCCCCAGGGCUGCAGCCCCCGGAGCUGCUGGAGCAGGAGAUUUAUCAGGACUGAUCCAGGCAGGUCAGCAGUUCGCUCAGCAGAUGCAGCAGCAGAACCCCGAACUUAUCGAACAGCUGAGGAGUCAAAUCCGCAACCGAACGCCAAGCGCCGGAAACGAGGAGCAGCAGUGACAUCAGAUAUGGUUGUACAGGUGUGUGUGUGGAGGAGACGAACAGACCGUCUGCCCUUUUUUCUUUCUGAUUUGGAUCAUUAUAACUCGAAGGACUAAAAGGAAGUUUUUUGUUUUUUCCAUCACUGAAUAAUUCCUGCAUGAGAGAGAGAUUCAGGAGCCACGCCACCAAAAACUACACCCACUUUCUGCAGCGCUGUGUAGUUUUUAGGAAGAACACUUUGAUAUCAAACACAGAUUAAUUCUAAUAAGUCGUGCUCUGAUAGCAUCAUGGUCCCAGAUGUUAAACAGCUGUAGUGAAGCAGGUUAAAACAGCUUGAAAUGUCUUCUUUUUUUUUUUUUCUAAAAA